AUGGGCUCUCUCAGCCACAAUAUCGUCGGCCGCCUCCUGCCGCACUACGUUCUCUGGUCCAAGAAGUUCGGGAGGUUGUUCGUCUACUGGUACGGGAGCGAGCCACGGGUGUGCGUGACGGACGCCGGCAUGGUGCGGGAGCUGCUCUCGUCGAAGCAUGCGCACGUGACCGGCAAAUCGUGGCUGCAGCGGCAGGGCGCCAAGCACUUCAUCGGCCGUGGCCUGCUCAUGGCGAACGGUGCCACCUGGUCGCACCAGCGCCACGUCGUUGCCCCCGCCUUCAUGGCUGACAAGCUCAAGGGCAGGGUCGGGCACAUGGUGGAGUGCACGCGGCAGACGGUGCGAGCGCUGCAGGAGGCGGUGGCGCGGGGCGGAAACGAGGUGGAGAUGAGCGCGCACAUGACGAGGCUCGCCGGCGACGUCAUCGCGCGCACCGAGUUCGACACCAGCUACGAGACCGGCAAGCGCAUCUUCCACCUAAUUGAGGAGCUUCAGCGGCUCACCGCACGCUCCAGCCGCUACCUCUGGGUCCCCGGUAGCCAGUAUUUUCCGAGCAAGUACAGAAGAGAGAUGAAACGGCUGAACGGGGAGCUAGAGCAGGUGCUCAAGGAGUCGAUCCAGCGCAACCGCGAGAUCGCCGACGAGGGGCGGAGGCCGUCAGCAGAGGCGUGCAGCCGGGGGCUCCUCGGGAUGCUCCUGGCCGAGAUGGAGAAGAAGGAGAACGCGUUCGGCCACGGCGAGCUGGGGUACGAUGCCCAGACGAUCAUUGACGAGUGCAAGACCUUCUUCUUCGCCGGCCACGAGACAUCGGCGCUGCUCCUCACCUGGGCCAUCAUGCUGCUUGCCACGCACCCGGAGUGGCAGGACAGAGCGGGUCGGUUCCUGCCCUUCGCGGCCGGGCCACGCAACUGCGUCGGGCAGGCGUACGCCAUGGUGGAGGCCAAGAUCGUGCUGGCCAUGCUGCUCGCGAGCUUCCGCUUCGGUAUCUCUGACGAGUACCGCCACGCGCCGGUGAACGUCCUCACCCUCCGGCCGCGCCACGGCGUCCCCGUGCGCCUGCUGCCGCUGCGAAGCCUGUAG